AUGUGGGCUGUCGGGGCCGCUGAGCAGGGCUGGGCUUUGUUUUUUUUCGACCCCCUCGCAGGCACUCUAGGUGGACCUGGAUCUAGGGCUCCAGGCAGUGGCCCGCAAGCUAAUUGGAGAUUGCUGGCAUCCCGCAAGACAGGGAAUACGAGAGAAGCCGAUUAUUUCUCUUUAUUCAGAAGCAUAAAGUUGUUUGCUGAUUGCAAGAAGAUGUUUCUUUGGCUCUUUCUGAUUUUGUCAGCCCUGAUUUCUUCGACAAAUGCAGAUUCUGACAUAUCGGUGGAAAUUUGCAAUGUGUGUUCCUGCGUGUCAGUUGAGAAUGUGCUGUAUGUCAACUGUGAGAAGGUUUCAGUCUACAGGCCAAAUCAGCUGAAACCCCCUUGGUCCAAUUUUUAUCACCUCAAUUUCCAAAACAAUUUUUUAAAUAUCCUCUACCCAAACACAUUCUUGAAUUUUUCACACGCAGUGUCCCUGCAGCUGGGAAAUAACAAACUGCAGAACAUUGAGGGAGGAGCCUUCCUUGGGCUCAGUGCAUUAAAGCAGUUGCACUUGAACAACAAUGAAUUAAAGAUUCUCCGGGCUGACACUUUCCUUGGCAUUGAGAACUUGGAGUAUCUCCAGGCUGACUACAAUUUAAUCAAGUAUAUUGAACGGGGAGCCUUCAAUAAGCUCCACAAACUGAAAGUUCUCAUUCUUAAUGACAAUCUGAUUUCCUUCCUUCCUGAUAAUAUUUUCCGAUUUGCAUCUUUGACUCAUCUGGAUAUCCGAGGGAACAGAAUCCAGAAGCUCCCCUAUAUUGGAGUUCUGGAACACAUAGGCCGUGUGGUCGAAUUGCAACUGGAAGAUAACCCUUGGAACUGUAGCUGUGAUCUAUUGCCUUUAAAAGCUUGGCUGGAGAAUAUGCCAUAUAACAUUUACAUAGGUGAAGCUAUCUGUGAAACGCCCAGUGACUUAUACGGAAGACUUCUAAAAGAAACCAACAAGCAGGAAUUAUGCCCCAUGGGCACAGGCAGUGAUUUUGACGUGCGAAUCCUGCCUCCGUCUCAGCUGGAAAAUGGCUACACCACCCCGAACGGUCAUACCACCCAAACAUCUUUACACAGGUUAGUGACCAAAGCGCCAAAAACAACAAAUCCGUCCAAGAUCUCUGGAAUCGUGGCCGGCAAAGCCCUCUCUAACCGCAAUCUCAGCCAGAUCGUGUCCUACCAAACCAGGGUGCCUCCUCUUACACCCUGCCCGGCACCUUGCUUCUGCAAAACCCACCCUUCCGAUCUGGGACUGAGUGUCAACUGCCAAGAGAAAAACAUCCAGUCCAUGUCAGAGCUGAUACCGAAACCGUUAAAUGCCAAGAAGUUGCAUGUCAAUGGCAACAGCAUCAAAGACGUGGACAUCUCUGAUUUCACCGAGUUCGAGGGACUGGAUCUACUCCACUUAGGCAGCAAUCAGAUUACCGCAAUCAAGGCUGACGUAUUCCGAAACCUCACAAAUUUACGCCGGCUUUAUCUCAACGGCAAUCAGAUCGAGAGACUCUAUCCCGAGAUCUUUUCAGGCCUUCAUAACCUGCAGUAUUUAUAUUUGGAAUACAACUUAAUCAAGGAAAUCUUAGCGGGCACCUUUGACUCAAUGCCAAACUUGCAGCUGUUGUACUUAAACAAUAAUCUCUUAAAGAGCCUGCCCGUGUACAUUUUCUCGGGAGCACCCCUCGCUAGAUUGAACCUGAGGAACAACAAGUUUAUGUAUCUGCCUGUCAGUGGUGUCCUGGAUCAGCUUCAGGCUCUUACUCAGAUUGACCUGGAGGGCAACCCGUGGGACUGCACUUGUGACUUGGUGGCAUUAAAGCUGUGGCUGGAGAAGCUGAACGAUGGGAUUGUAAUGAAAGAACUGAAGUGCGAGACACCUGUGCAGUUUGCCAACAUCGAAUUGAAGUCCCUCAAAAACGAAAUCUUGUGUCCCAAGCUCUUAAACAAGCCAUCAUCGCCAUUCACGAGCCCUGCACCUGCCAUUACUUUCACUACCCCGCUGGGGCCCAUUCGAAGUCCUCCUGGUGGUCCAGUGCCUCUGUCCAUUUUGAUCCUAAGCAUCUUAGUGGUCCUCAUCUUAACUGUGUUUGUAGCUUUUUGCCUUCUUGUUUUUGUGCUGAGACGAAACAAGAAACCCACAGUGAAGCACGAAGGCCUGGGGAACCCCGAGUGCGGUUCCAUGCAGCUGCAGCUGAGAAAACAUGACCACAAAACCAACAAAAAAGACGGCCUGGGCACGGAAGCGUUCAUUCCACAAACCAUAGAGCAGAUGAGCAAGAGCCACACCUGCGGCCUGAAAGAAUCUGAAACCGGGUUCAUGUUUUCUGAUCCCCCAGGCCAGAAAGUCAUGAUGAGAAAUGUCGCUGACAAGGAAAAAGAUGUAUUGCACGUGGAUACCAGGAAGAGACUAAGCACCAUUGAUGAGCUGGAUGAAUUAUUCCCGAGCAGGGAUUCCAAUGUGUUUAUUCAGAAUUUUCUCGAAAGCAAAAAGGAGUACAAUAGCAUAGGCGUCAGUGGCUUCGAGAUCCGCUAUCCGGAGAAACAAGACAAAAAAAACAAGAAGUCACUGAUAGGCGGCAACCACAGUAAAAUAGUCGUGGAGCAAAGGAAGAGCAGUGAGUACUUUGAACUGAAGGCAAAACUCCAGAGUUCCCCCGACUACCUACAGGUCCUUGAAGAGCAGACAGCUUUGAAUAAGAUCUAG